AAUCCCUCCACACCGGUGGUGUAUUCAUUUGAAUGGUAAAACUGUGAAACGCUAAGGGAACACAGACGGGAGUUGCGCUUUGAGUUGAACCAGUUUUUCACGUUUUUUGGAUUUACACACCAGAAGAGCCCCUGUUACACGCCACAAAAAUGAAUCGGGUCUUUGACUAUGGCAUUUGGUAAUGUUUGGCAACGGGAAAUCAACCACAAUAAAACCAAUGGCUUUCUGCAAUCCUGCCUGCAUGUUUCUACUGAAAAGAAUAUGAAUCAGGUGGAUAUUUAUAAUAACGACGAAUUAGAUAAAGACAGAUUUCAAGUGCAAUACAAAGCGAAGAGGCUGUCAUCUUGCAAGAGGAAGAGUUGUGCUUCGGUGGAGGGGGGCAAAAAGCUUCACCGCAGGUCCUCAGAUGUAGGCCAUCCCCGUAAGCCCGGUAUGGCCAAUAAAGAAAAUGAGGUGGCAUGCUCUGAUGUUCGGGGCAUUCACUGCUAUGACAACUGUGGGCAGCCGGUGAACUCUGCAGAGGCCUCCAAGAUGGCAGGGGCCAGCUCCAAAUACAGUGACUUCACAGAGCUAUCGAAGGACCACGAAGCCAUGACUCGAGUCCUUUUUGGAAGAGAUCUUCGACUUAAAGUGGCCCUAACACUGUGGCGGAAAAAUGCCUGUGAAUUAGUGGCCUACCUGAUCAGAAUACAAGACACGGGUGUGCUACUUGACUGCUUACCUAUUUUAACAAACAACCUUCAAACUGAAGCACCAUGUUUGUCACUUGGCUGCUGUGUUGACCUCAUGCCUCAAGUCAAAGUUAUUCUUGCCAGUAAAUAUGAAGAGCACAUCAAAGUGGGUUUACACUGGGUUCAAUCCGUCAUCAAGAAAUGGUGGCCAGAACUUUCAAGAAACGAGAAGAGACUGCAGGACAGUCGUUCAGAAGACAGGUGGGCAUUUCACGCUUGCAAAAUAAACACCGCAGCUCAGACUGACUCCCCGCUGCCUGUGCUGGAGGCCGUGAUGCUCAGAGCUUUGCAGUGGGCACGAGUGCUUCUAUACGACCAUGAAGUGCUCAGAGAAGGUGUUCCGGGCCUGUUGAAACACAUUUGCUGCUCCAUUGCGUGGAUUCGCGAGAGGACGUGUCGUUUACACAGGGAGGAGAUGGCAGCAGGAUGUAUUAUAGAAAGAAGGGAAGAGGAUGGAGGCAGCGUGACGCCCCGGGGAAAACUCUGCUGGAAAGGGCUGAAAGUGGUGCGGAGCGUCUGCUCGUUCCCAUCAUAUCCAGCCAGCGGAGGUGGCCGCGCAUAUGAUCGGGUUGCGAAUGUUGAUGCUAUGAAGCAGCGACUGAAGGACUUGUGGAAGGAGGGAGCCCGGUUAUGUUUGAUACCAGGAUCAGUGGGAGAGCUGGCAAAGGCCAUCCGGGCUUAUCUGUCACAGCUGCCCUGACUGUGGUCAGCGCAGCGCUCUGAAGGAUGUGACCACUACUGUCAAAAAUGGCUGUGUUGAACUGAUAAUGCCACCACAGACACGGACCGGUUCAUUCUGCUUUUACACUCAAACCUCUUAAAUGGGACUGAACUUGACAAUUCAGACAACUCCUCUCGGUUUGAGCUGGAGAGAUUCCAAAAGGAGGGGCAGCAAGAGCCUUUCUGGACAGCAAAUGACUGCUUCACAUUGAAGUGGACCAUCUUGUGCGGGGACAUGUUUUAUUGGACCUCCAUGAGAUAAAGUGUAAUGUCGCUUUAUGAAGUGCCAAGGUCUUUGUCUCUUCACCAUUCCUGGUUAUGUUUUGAAUGCCCUGAUGUUUUGUGUGUUGCGCCUGGGUCCUCUAGAAUCAGGAACUUGAAACUGCAAGAGUCUUUAAGUUAUUAUAAGUACUUUCCUUGUUUUAAUUUUGCCUCCUGAUGUGACAUUUGGCUGUAUAAAUGUAAAAUGUCAAAACAAGUGAUUCUCUUAAUCUUCUUUUAAAUAAAUUUGAUAAAAAUCAGA